AUGAAGAUUUUAUUGUAUUUGAUCGCAAUAGUUAAAGUUUGUUCCUGUUUAAAUGACAGUGAACAGUCUGGUGAUUAUUUGAGAGAAAUUGUACAAGAUGGCGGUCUUCGCUACGAUCAUCACGACCCAAUAGUGCGACCCUGUUCUCUUCACAACGUGGACUGCAUCAGGCGUUUCUUCGCCCAUAACUCCAGAUGCUCACCAGUCCACAAGCCAGGGUCAGACACUCACAGGAUCAAGACCUUACCCACAUUUAUGCCCCACAUCAAUGUUACCUUUACAUUAAAUUACCUGGAGCUGAAAGGCUUGAAUAAUUAUACAAUUAACGAGUUUUAG